UGUAUAAGUGCAUAUCUUCGCGCUACCUAUCUGGAGGAGGACCCUGUUUCUCUCCCGAGGUCCGCAUCAUCAGGAGAGCAUGCGAAGCCCCUGCGCAAAGGACACUCAAUGAAACUGUCGUGCGAAACGACACCAAUAAAUAUUAGCCUCAUAGCUUUGCAGUAACACUAAAAAAGGAGGACGUUGAGGAGGGUGUGAAUUGCUUGAAGGGGAUUCUCCUGUUCGCUUUAUUUUCUAGUCGUGUGAAGGAGACACGGUCAUUCAUCAGAGAAGAUGGGGAACCGUGGGAUGGAGGAUCUUAUUCCUCUGAUGAAUAAGAUGCAGGAUGCAUUCGCUGCCAUCGGACAAAAUGCCGACAUGGACCUCCCUCAAAUCGCUGUGGUGGGGGGACAGAGCGCAGGAAAGAGCUCUGUGCUGGAGAACUUCGUGGGCAAGGACUUCCUGCCCCGUGGCUCUGGUAUUGUCACACGUCGCCCCCUGGUGUUGCAGCUCAUCAACUGCCCCACAGAGUAUGCUGAGUUUCUACACUGCAAAGGGAAGAAGUUCACAGACUUUGAUGAGGUGCGUCUGGAGAUCGAGGCGGAAACUGACAGAGCCACGGGACAGAACAAAGGCAUCUCACCUGUGCCAAUCAACCUGAGGGUGUACUCUCCACAUGUGUUGAACCUGACUCUGGUGGACCUGCCGGGGAUGACCAAAGUCCCCGUGGGAGACCAGCCGGCGGACAUCGAGCAGCAGAUCAAAGACAUGCUCACACAGUUCGUCACCAAGGACAACUGCCUUCUGCUGGCUGUGUCCCCUGCCAAUGCUGACCUGGCCAACUCAGACGCCCUCAAGAUCGCCAAAGAGGUCGACCCGCAAGGUCUCAGGACCAUUGGUGUUAUUACUAAACUGGACCUGAUGGACGAAGGAACUGAUGCUCGUGAAAUUCUGGAGAACAAGCUCCUCCCACUGCGCAGAGGCUACAUUGGUGUAGUAAACCGCAGCCAGAAGGAUAUUGAUGGAAAGAAGGACAUCACGGCUGCCAUGGCAGCCGAGAGGAAGUUCUUCAUGACACACCCUUCGUACCGACACCUGGCUGAACGCAUGGGUACCACCUACCUGCAGAAGACCCUCAACCAGCAACUGACCAAUCACAUCCGCGACACGCUGCCGGCGCUGCGGAACAAGUUACAGAGCCAGCUACUGUCCAUUGAGAAGGAGGUGGAAGAGUACAAGAACUUCAGGCCAGACGACCCCUCACGCAAGACCAAAGCCUUACUACAGAUGGUGCAGCAGUUUGCCGUGGACUUUGAGAAGUGCAUAGAGGGCUCAGGUGAUCAGAUUGACACCUAUGAGCUGUCAGGAGGUGCUCGCAUCAACCGCAUCUUCCAUGAGCGCUUCCCCUUCGAGCUUGUCAAGAUGGAGUGUGAUGAGAAGGAGCUGCGCAAGGAGAUCAGCUAUGCCAUCAAGAACAUCCACGGCAUCAGGACCGGCCUUUUCACCCCGGAUAUGGCCUUUGAGACCAUCGUGAAGAGGCAGAUCGCCAAGAUCAAGGAGCCCUGCCAGAAGUGUGUGGACCUGGUCAUCACAGAGCUGGUCAACACCGUGAGGCAGUGCACCAAGAAGCUUGCCCAGUACCCGUUGCUGAGAGAGGAGAUGGAGAGGAUCGUCACCCAGCACAUCAGAGACCGCGAAAGCCGCUCUAAAAACCAGGUGAUUCUUCUGAUUGACAUUGAGCUGGCCUAUAUGAACACCAACCAUGAGGAUUUCAUUGGAUUCGCCAAUGCUCAGCAGAGGAGCAAUCAAAUGAGCAAGAAAUCAGCUGGAAAUCAGCAGGAUGAGAUAAUGGUGAUCAGGAAGGGCUGGCUGACCAUCAACAACAUUAGCAUCAUGAAGGGCGGGGCCAAAGAGUACUGGUUUACUCUGACUGCAGAGAACCUCUCCUGGUACAAGGAUGACGAGGAGAAAGAGAAGAAGUACAUGCUGCAGGUGGACAACCUGAAGCUGCGUGACAUUGAGAAGGGCUUUAUGUCCAGCAAGCACGUCUUCGCCCUGUUUAACACUGAGCAGAGGAAUGUGUAUAAGGACUACCGUCAGCUGGAGCUGGCCUGUGAGGGUCAGGAGGAUGUAGACAGCUGGAAAGCCUCAUUCCUGCGUGCUGGAGUUUACCCAGAACGUGUUGUGGACAAGGAGAAGAGUGACUCUACUGAGGAGAGCAGCUCAGAUGGCUUCAUGCACUCCAUCGACCCCCAGCUGGAGAGGCAGGUGGAGACCAUCCGCAGCCUGGUCGACUCCUACAUGGGCAUCGUCAACAGGACCGUCCGCGACCUCAUCCCCAAGACCAUCAUGCACCUGAUGAUCAGCAAUACUAAGGAGUUUAUCCAUGCUGAUCUGCUGGCGCAGCUGUACUCGUGCGGGGAGCAGGACUCUCUGAUGGAGGAGUCGACGGAGCAGGCUCAGCACCGCGACGAGAUGUUGCGCAUGUACCACGCCCUGCGCGAGGCCCUCCACAUCAUCGGAGACAUCAGCACCACCACCAUCACCACGGCGAUGCCCCCGCCCGUCGACACCUCCUGGCUGCAGGUGCAGGGAGGACCCUCGGGACGCAGGUACGCAAGGAGGGAGAGAUAGAGGGAUGGAGGGAAA